CGACAGAGUUGUGCCCUGCCCCUGACAGCCAGGGGGAGGGCACAACUAAACCGGACGUUGCUUCUAUAACUUCAGCGAAGGUGCAACGAGCAUCAGUAGCUCCACCAGAGCAACGCAUCUCCUGAGCAAUGGAAAGCCUUAACAAGCCAAAGUUUGCCAGCUGGCUCAUAGAGCAGGUGGAGACGGGCCAGUACACGGGCCUCCGCUACGAGGGCCAAAACAAGUUCAGAGUCCCCUGGAAGCACAACUCCAGAAAGGACUGCAACGACGAAGACAGUAAAAUAUUUCGGGCAUGGGCAGUAACAAGUGGAAAAAUCAGCGAGUUCCCCAACGACAAGGCCAGAUGGAAAACCAACUUCCGCUGCGCACUGAACAACCUCUCUGUGCGCUUCAAGAUGAUAAUGGAUAAUUCCAAGAAUUCGGACGACCCUCAUAAGAUCUAUGAGAUGAUCAACACUGAGUACAACUAUGAAAGUCGGCCCACAGAAGACUCCCAGGAGGAUUCUGUCAUGACUCAAGAUAUCUACAGCUCCCCCGUAGAGUGCUUCCCCUCAGGAAACGAGCUUAAUCUACUUAACAAUUUCAUGGCCUUGGAUCUUGGCAACCAGACGUCAGAGGAGCAGCUGUGGCCAGAGGACUACGGUCAGCACGACCCAACUGCCCCUGCAAGCUAUCCUGUAGCAGCUGAGAACCAGCCGCAGCCUUUACCAGAUCAGCCUUCUUACUGUGAGGUAAAUCCUCCACCAGUCCUAAGUUCACCUCUGCAGCAGCCAAGUAUAUUUGACCUGGAGAUCUCCAUCCACUACAGGAGAAGGGAAAUGCUAAAGAUCCCAUUGACCACUUCCCUUCUCCAGCUCCACUACCAGCAGGAGGCCACCGAGCUCAAUGGCUAUCAUCUCUGCUUUCCCUCAACAGACAGUCUGCUGGACCGCAAACAGGUUGAGUAUACCAACCGCAUCCUCAACAGCAUCCAGAGGGGUCUAUGCCUGGAGGUACGGGACACUGGUAUUUAUGCCUGGAGGCAGGACAGGUGCCAUGUGUUUGCCAGUACCAGUGAUCCCAGUGUGGCUCACCCAGACCCAAGAAAGCUGCCCCAGAACACCAUGGUGGAGCUCCUCAACUUUGCUAAGUAUGCACAUGAACUGAAGCAGUUUAAAGAGAACAACGGCAGCUCUCCCGAUUACACCAUCAACAUGUGCUUUGGAGAGAAGUUUCCUGAUGGAAAUCCUUUGGACAAGAAGCUCAUCGUAGUCAAGGUGGUCCCUUUGAUCUGUCGACACUUUCAUGAGAUGGCCCAGAUGGACGGGGCUUCGUCUCUUCACAGCGCCAACGUCAGCCUCCAGAUCUCACACAACAGCCUCUAUGAUCUUAUUAACUCUGUCUUUGGUCUGCCGAUGGAUGAAGAGCCAGCACGGGCUGCUGCAUCUUUUCUACCUCAGUCCUGAAACGUGAUCUCUCACUUGCCCCUGAUGUGGCCACACCCUGCUCUUAUUCAAAGCUUUGCUCAAAGAGCAGCCAAAACUGAUGACCUGUUGACUGUGUUAGGGUAGAUGAAACAGGAAGACACAGAAUUAAAUUGGUAUUGCAUAAUGG